AACCACGCCGCACGUGUGUUUGUUUACAACGAUGUCACGCAAAACAUGGAGAUCUCUGGACAAGCCGCCGCUUUCACAGCCCGUGCUCGAGGUUUUGCAGGAGUUUGGCUUUAAGCUAAUGACACCUGUGCAAACGGCAGCAAUUCCAUUGCUGCUGGCACGCAAAGAUGUCUCCGCCGAAGCUGUUACAGGCAGUGGCAAAACUUUAGCAUUUCUCGUACCUCUGCUGGAGAUUCUGCAGCGUCGCCACCAUGAGACGCCCUGGGCAGCAAAGGAGAUUGGUGCAUUAAUCAUAUCACCUACCCGUGAGUUGGCGCGGCAAAUCUCCGAGGUACUUGCCCAGUUCCUGGCACACGAGGAACUGGAGCACUUGAAUCAACAGCUUAUCGUCGGCGGCAAUAGCAUUGAAGAGGACAUCGCCGCAUUAAAGCAGCAGUCGCCGUGCAUAUUGGUGUGUACGCCCGGACGUCUGGAGGAUCUGUUUCAGCGUAAGGGUGAUGACUUAAAUUUGGCGCUGCGCGUAAAGAGUCUGGAGUUUCUGGUCCUCGACGAGGCGGAUCGGCUGCUCGACUUGGGCUUUAAAACGAGCGUCAACAACAUUUUAGGCUAUCUGCCGCGUCAGCGACGUACUGGUCUCUUCUCAGCCACCCAGACAACCGAAGUAACGGACUUGAUACGUGCUGGCCUGCGUAAUCCUGUGUUAGUCUCCGUCAAGGAGAAGGCUUCUGUUAACACGCCAGCGCGUCUUCAAAAUUUCUAUAAGAUUGUGGAACCGGAGCAAAAGUUUCUGUCCCUGCUUCAAUUUCUACGCUCGUCCACCUCCAGAGCUGGCAAAGUUAUGGUUUUUUUUCCCACAUGCGCCUGCGUCGAGUACUGGGCAGAGGUGCUGCCGUCCUUGCUCCCCGAUCGCCAAGUGCUGGGCAUUCACGGUAAGAUGAAAAAUAAGAGAGCCAGCGUUGUGGAACGUUUUCGUAACGAAGCACAGUCGGUGCUGCUAUGCACGGAUGUGUUGGCACGUGGUUUGGAUGUGCCCGAAAUUGAGUGGGUGGUGCAAUGGGAUCCGCCGUCCAACGCUUCGAGCUUUGUGCAUCGUGUGGGACGUACCGCUCGACAGGGCACCGAAGGAAAUGCGUUAGUGUUUCUGCUGCCAAGCGAGGAUGCCUACAUUCAGUUCCUAAAGCUUAAUCAAAAAGUUGACUUGAGUGAACUUCAAGAGGAAUGUAUUGAAGCAAACGAAGUAGAGUUGAGAUCAACGGUGGAGCAACUGCAUCAACUGCAGGCCGCUGACAAAGGUGCAUACGAUAAGGGCAUGCGAGCUUUUGUAUCCCACGUGCGUGCCUACACUAAACACGAGUGUAGUGCUAUUUUGCGGUUGAAGGAUUUGGAUUUGGGGAAAAUGGCCACAGCGUAUGGACUGCUGCAGCUACCACGCAUGCCGGAACUGAAAAACUACCAAGGCAAUGGCUAUAUGGCACCCAGUUUUGAAGUGGAUCUCACCAAGCUGACCUACAAGAAUGCUCAGAAGGAACAGGUGCGCAAACAGAAACUGCAAACUUUUGAGCAAACAGGCACUUGGCCAGGUCGCCAGAAACAGCACAUGAAACGCACCGAAUCCUGGGAUCAGACAAAGAAGGCCAAACUGGAUGCCAAAUCAAAGAAGGAGUUGCGCAAAGCCAAAAAGGAGCGAAAGCGCAAAGCGGCAGCAGGCGAAGACGGGGCACAGCGCAAGCGGAAACAACAGUACACGCAAGAGGAACUGGAUGAGCUGGCCAGCGAUAUUCGUCUAUAUAAGCGACUCAAAAAGAAAAAAAUUACCGACGAAGACUUUGACAAGGCCAUGGGCAUUGAUGCUGAUGAUGAUUAAAACAAGGAGAGUUUAAUGUAAAUAAUAAAGUGUACAAAAAU